AUGAGUCGUCAAGAUCCAGCACCGUCAAACACAACCCACGGGAAAUCACCCUCCUCCAGCACAUCUCCCUUGGUUCAUCGCACCGACGGCAACAGCAACAACAGCAACAACAGUCAUGAACAUCCCUCGCACUCAUCCUCGCACCACACCGGCGCAGGCGGCCUCCUGACGAUCCACCACGAAGGCGAAUCCGGCCGGUCCGGCAUGCAUCUCCGCCCGUUCGCGUACAUCCUAUGGCGCUCAUCGUCGCAAGUCUCGAUGCUGGUCAACGUGCUGUGGCCGUUCGUCCCCGCGGCCAUCAUUCUGCACUACCUCCCUGGCGACCACACCGCCACGCUGGACAAAUGGAUCUUCGCGACCGCGUACGUCGGCAUGGUGCCCUGCGCCAACCUCCUCGGCUUCGCAGGGCAGGAACUGGCGCGCAAAUUACCCAAAGUGGCGGGCAUCCUGAUCGAGACGGCGCUGGGCAGCAUCGUGGAGAUUGUGCUGUUCAUGAUCCUGAUCGCGAAGCAUCGCGAGGCCGACGACAACGACGACACCUCGGCCGAAGAAGGCAACCUCAUCCCCGUGAUCCAGGCGGCCAUUCUGGGCUCCAUCGUGACCAACCUCCUGCUGUGCCUGGGACUGUGCUUCUUCGUCGGCGGCCUGCGGCAGCACACGCAGACCUUCCACGCCGUGGUGUCGGAAGUGGGCUCGGGCCUGCUCCUGGUGGCCGGGUUCGGGCUGGCGAUCCCCAGCGCCUUCUACUCGGCGUUGAAGGGUGAGACGGCGACGUCCCACAACUUCACGCGACAAAAGCUCCAGGACGACGUGCUGCAGAUGAGCCGCGCCACCAGCGUGAUUUUGAUGGUCGCGUUCGCCAUCUACAUCUUCUUCAACGCGCGCAGCCAGCACGGCAUCUUCGACGAGAUCCUCGAGGCCGACGAGCGGCAGGACGCCGACCACGCGCACGACCUGACCAAGGAGAAGCUGACGUUGACGGAAUGCGUCGUGGCCAUCGCCGCCUCGCUCACGCUCGUCACCCUGCUGGCCGUGUUCCUGGUCGAGCGCAUCGAGGUCAUCGUGCGCACGGGCGGCGUGCCGGACCAGUUCCUCGGCCUGAUCCUGCUGCCGCUGGUCGAAAAGGCCGCCGAGCACCUGACCGCCGUGGACGAGGCGUGGGACGGCCAGAUGAAUUUCGCCCUGUACCACUGUCUGGGGCCGAGCAUCCAGACCGCGCUGUUCAACGGCCCGCUCGUCGUCGUCGUCGCCUGGAUCCUCGACAAGCCCAUGGACCUGAACUUUGAGAUCUUCAUGGUCGCCUUGCUCGUGCUGGCCAUUCUGGUCGUCGGCAAUUUCCUCCGUGACAAGGAGAGCAAUUACCUCGAGGGCGCCUUGUUGGUGAUCGUAUACAUCAUCAUCGCUAUUGCAGCGUGGUACUAUCCCGAUCCCGACGUCGCGACAUCGAACGAGUUCGACGGCAUCGGAGCAGGAGCGGGAGCAGUCGUCGCUGCCAGCAACGCGUUUAAAGUACAUAUCCCGAGUGCGAGUGCAUCUCUGUUGCAACUCAGGGUUCAAGGAUAA